CCGCGGCGGCGGCUGAUGGAGCGCGGGGGAGGCCGUGGCCGCUGUCCCUCCGCCUGGCAGUUUGUGAAAAAUUUCAAGAUUGAUGAUUCAUCCCAUCCCUACAACUCCUUAUGGAACUUACAGAGCAAAGCGAUCUGAUACCAGUUGACUUUUUUAAGGAUGUUUGAGAGUUCAAGACUACGAGCACAUGGUCUGUGAAGGGAAGGAGUUCUGCAUGAAUGGCCUUGGAUGUGGGAAAAUCAGGUUCUGAAGCCUCACUGAAUGUUAAGUCCUAUGGUAGGUGGAACUACGCAGAACUAGAGACCGACAGCCCUGAGCUAGUUAGCAGUGUGCAUCAGCUUUUAGAAGCAAAGCAAGUGAAGUCAUCCCCAAAAGGAACUGAGGAUGUGGCAAUGGAUGGAACAGGCCACAGAGUAACUGGUGUCUCCCAGAGAAAGCCCAGCUGUUAUAAAGUGUCUUUAACACCUUCUUCCAGGUUUUCCACAGCAAAAGUAAAAACAACGUACAUGGAGAGGCAGCCAUUAACUGAUUGCUACCAUGAAUGGUUCUAUUUACCCCAUCGCUUUAGCAGAACUCUUUCCCAUCCCGGAGGGCAGCAGUGUUUUGAGCAGUUGAAAAUGGUGGAAUGUCCUGGCUGUAAGGAGCACCUUCCGAAUGCUCCUGAGCAUCAACCAACGCUUCAGAGCUCAGCAAUGGACGCCAAUGUUUACAUCUCCAGUUCUGAGUCCCUUCCUGCCCUAAAUGCUGACCGUGGGAGCCAGGCCUCACUUUCCCUUUCUUCAACGACUUUGAAGGCUUUGCCUAACAGAACACUCCCCAGUUUUGAUACCGUAAUCCCAACGUUUUCCAGAUCGAGCCUUUCCACACCACCUUCAGAAGACGAUGAGUUUGAACAGCAGGAGAUAAGAUCAAGAAGCUUACCAGCUCGAAGGGUUUUUCCUUCAUCUGAAGUCUUCCCCUCCCGGUAUCUGCCCAGUCGCUCUACUCCAGUAGGAGAUCCCGUGCACAGCACACGCAGGCCGUUAAAUCCUCUCUUUGAUGACUGCGUAGCUGUGGAACAAGGAAAAAAGGGGUCGUCCUUUCAGGCUGAUUACUGGGCAUGCGCAAUACCUGAUUCUUUACCUCCGUCUCCGGACCGGCAGUCUCCACACUGGAACCCUAAUAAAGAAUACGAGGACUUGCUUGAUUACACUUACCCUUUGAAGCCAAAAUACCAGCUUGCGAAGAACAUCAAGUCUGUGAUGCCUGAUCCCUUCUUCCAUGACUCUGGUAUAGACCUUGACAGCUUUUCUGUUUCACCUGAGAGCACUUUGAAGGGUAUCAGUGCACCUGAUCAAAAUCAACAUGUUUCAUGGAGCAACGUAAGCCAGAGUAAGGAGUGUGGAAUCUCGGCAGAAAGAUUUUCAAUUCCCUUGUCUAAGAAGCCAGGGUAUUUAGGAGCAGUUCCUUACUAUGGACCUUCACCCAUCACAAAAGUGUCCUUUGCAGAAUGUGUUGCUACUGCCACCAAAGCAGAUCCCGUUAGAGGGUUUGCAAACAGUUUCCUUCCUUCUAAGUGUGCUGGACUAAGUUCCUGUGAUCCAACUCACGUAGAUGGGGGAGGCUGGGGGAGUAGAGGAGAUGAAGACUUUUCAAAGUGUCAGGUAAAGAAAAACGGUGCCAGUCAUUUUGUACCCACUACGCAAAUACUGCCACUGAAAAAAGCAUGGGAGAAUGAUGAAGAAUUUCUUUCCCUGCCUCCCAGAAUCAAGGAGUUAGAAGGUUUGGCUCGAUAUUUGUCUGAUCUUUCGCUGACUAAAGGGAGACCUGGGCAUGACCAGGUGCAACAAGACCUUCCAUGCUACAUUGGCAGCAGAAGUCACCUUUUAUCUGACUUGGUUGAAGAUCAAGGCAGCAUAGAGAACAAAUAUGGAAUUCAGGGCAGUGAGGAUUGUGUUCUGUGCCAUGCAUGUAGCUCUCAGAAGCCCUCUACAGAAAAUAUUAACCUGAGUAGCCAGGACCACAGGGAAUCUGUAAGCAGAUUGGGAAUGCCCUCCAUCAGGGACAUGCUAGAUGGGAGAUACCUAGGUGCACUGGAGAGUGAAGGGCAGGAUCUAACAAAAGGGAAGGACCAACAGAAAGAGUCACUUGCGCAGUGUAUUAAGAUAUUUUGCUGUCAGCUAGAAGAGCUAAUUCAUUGGCUGUAUAAAGUAGCAGAAGUUACAGACAACUGGAUUCCACCCGAACCAGAUGUUGGAAGUGUGAAGACCUCCUUACAUCGUUACCUGCAAUUCAAGAAAGAUAUAGCUGAUCACCACACGCUGACAGAGAGCGUGUUACGAAGGGGCGAAACCCUCCUGAAAUGCAUGGCAUCGAAUUCACCAGUUUUAAAGGACACCCUUGGAUUGAUUGCAAAACAAUCAGAAGAACUUGAAAGCCAUGCAGAACGUUUGUACGAAUCAGUUUUGGCAGCUACGGAUACCAUUGGGGGUGACAGCCUGAUAAAGGACAGUGACACAAAGCAAACGAUUGCCCAGGCAAAAGAAGCCAAGUGGGUAAUACCUCUAGCAGAGCUGGAAUUUGUCAGCCAAUCUUUGGAGGCAUGAAGGAUGAGAUGCAGCAAGGCACUCUAAGCAAUAACAUUUUCAACUUUUAUAGAAAUGUCCACGUGAAACUGAUCACUGAGUACACUGCGACUUGGCAAUACUGGGAUGCCUUUCAUCAGUUUGUGAAGAAAGAGCUGUUACUGUGUUUUUAUUUAAACUAGUCCUGCAGUUCAAGUUGUUGUUGUAGCAGGUAUACAGAUCAGCGCUUGGUUGAAGAGCAUGUUUUCAGUUGCUUUUCCCUUUUAGAAGUUGCUUGUUCUAUGUAACAGUGUGUAAUUGUCAGGAACCACCACCUUUUAAAAUGAGUAUUCCAAACACAGAACCCACAUAACUUGUGAUACUUCAUUUCAAGUAAAGCUGUGUGGUUUAUUUUAUUAUUGCAUUUAUUUUUUUACUUUAAAAUUUGGCACUGGGAUCUAGUGGUAGUAGGACCCUCUCCAACUCUCCUGUUUCUCAUGAUCAUACUAAAACACUCUAGUUCCUAUUUCUCUCAUCAACCACUGAAGCAAAUGUAGUUUAAGUGCAUUAUGUCUGAAGUCAAAAGCCCUUUGCUAAGUGACACAUAGUUAAAUAUGCCAAAAGUUUUGAGUAGUUCUUCUGGAUCUGCUAAUCUUAAUGCAAAUUGAUGUUUAUAAAACACCAUGACAGUGAGGGCUAGUGUCACAGCUGUUAAUUAAUUAACCAACCAUUGCACUAAUUUCCAUUCAGCAAUUUGAUACUUUUCUCCUUUUCGUUGAACAUGGCAAUGGUUGAUGGUAGUUAAUUGAAGUAAAUAAAGUUGACUCCACUGUAACUGGCUGCUGAGAACCAAGCUACCUGUGAAUGUAUAUUCAAAAACAAUGUUUCUCUAAGGCUGCUUAGGUGCACUGUACCAUGAAAGAGUCUCCUGUUUAUCAACUUUACUGAACUAACAUGGAAUUGACAAGAAGCAGGUGCAGAUAUCAAGAUUGAGUAAUCCUUAUGCUACUCUUGGCAGUGGCAUGAAGUAAAGAGGAUGGCAUGAAGUGACCACCUUGAAUAUUACAGAUCUUUUCACUUACCCUAUAAGAGGAGAAUGGUUUUCUUUCAUAUUUUUAAAGUAAUGUAAUGAAGCGAUCACUAAACAAACAUCGAAGCGUAGAUUUGGUACUAUGCCCCCUAAGCAGCAAGGAGGGUGGAUAGCGGUGAAUUUAAGAUGCUUUUGCUUUACCUGGAUUCUAGGCUAGAGUACCUCAGCACCAGUUAAAGCAUCCUUAGGGUCUGUUCAAACUCUGUCUCCCUAUAGCUGCCCCUUGCAGCCCCUGAUAAUCAGCUGGUACAGUAUGUAGCGGUAGGUAUAGAAGCACCCCACAAGAAUGCAUUGAUUUUGUGAAGGUUUCAUCAUCUCGGUUGGAAAACUUCAUGCUAUGAAUGGUAAAAAGGGCAAGGUAAAGUUAGUCCCAUAAGCUGAAGGUCUGUAACUCCAGCUCAGAAAGAAAAGGCUUUUAUAGCCCUGAAGCCCAAAAAAGAUGUAAUCUUGUAUAACAAUCUUCAGUGCCUUAAUGAUCUGCAAAAUUAGCAAAGGUACCCAAAGAGCUUCAUCACAAAGCAUCUUGGACCUUUUGUGAAGAGCACACAAAUUCCCUUAGCUUGAUCAAGUACUUUAAUGAGCUCUGUUUUGAGACAAAGGUGAGCAGCAAAGAACACAAUGUUAUGAAAAAGGGUGUAAAACUAACAGGUAAAGUAGUCCUGAAAGGGACUCCCUUCUUUCCCCACAAAGGUGGUGGCUUUUUUCCUUCUUGGAAAUAUCAAUUCUUUUUUCUUUUGCACAAACCUUUUGUUAACAGGUGCAGCAAGAUGUCCAGAAGGAUUUCAACUAUUGAUACUGUUCCAAAACAGGUUUUUUAAGUCAGUGGUUCUAAGCAGGCUGCAACCAUGUACACUGACAUUGUUAUUCAACUGCUUUUAAAACAAAUGGCCUGCUGUUAUAUACCCAUCUUCAGAACUAAUCUGCUUCAGUUCCCCAUCCUCCAUUCUUGUGAGGAUACUAUGCAGAAUGGAAGUUUUUUUAUGUGGCUCAUACAUUAGUAGUAGGGAAAACUACACUGUGUACUUGAAAACAUCUAAGAAUUUCUUGUUUCCUAAACAGUAGCACUGUGUUUAAAUAGUGAAAAUGUUAAGGCAGAGGAUGUUUGUACAAUCUGUGCUUACCCUGGGCCAGGCAAAUACAGCAUUUAGUGAAUAUUAAAUAAAUGGGUUCAUAUAUAUUUAUGCUCCAGAGGUUACAGUAAGCUCUUCCAAACUAAGAACUGGGGCUGAGCUCCUGAUUAGAGCACCCUCAGGAAAAAACGUUUUAGUAAAAAGUUGGCUGGUAACUGGCCUGGCUUUGAAGGAAGAAGAAAAGUCACAUGCUGUUCAGUUUAAUCUUUAUUAAGCCAUGAAUAUGUUCCUCAUCAAGCAAAUAUCUAGAGAGUAAGAAUUUCAUAAAUAGAAAGAUGAAAUUGAGGCAGUGCAAUGGACAAGAGGACUGUUGACCAACACAGAUAUAUUGCUUAUGGUCUCUGAAGCAGCCUAAGGAGGUGGCUACCACACAACUGGAAUAGCAGUUUAAUCAGUAGAGUUGCUUUUUCCUCAGUUUAUGCUGAGGAAGGCAUGUGGCUGUUGAGGUGUAGGGGUAAUCACUCAGAGGAUGAUAGAGAAACAAGCUAUACAAGUAGCACCAAAACUCAGAAUGGAAAUGGAACAAGAAAAGGAUACUUACAACUGCUGAACAUUUAAACUUAGUCACUUGCAGGCCAAUUUCUACAGUUAAAGUGCAGAAGGUGGGGCAUCAAGAUGCAGAGCAGCUUCUAGUAGGAAGAGGGAAACUUCUCUGCAAAAGAGACAGGCACAAGGGGGCAAAUCCUCUACCUACAAAUAUAGACACCACCAAAUUGUCUCACCAUGGGCCUCUAAUGUAUGAUUUGGAAAGACUUUUUGAAUUACUUCCUGUUCAAAGUUAUCUACAGCCUUAAAAAAAAAAAUUCUGCCUGCCCUUUGAAGCACUUGGUUGCUGACAAGGCCAGUCAAUUAUUUUAUUUUCAGAUUUGCUAUGACAGUAGCUACAGGCCUGAAGAGAGUCCCAGUGUGUGGAACAGCUUAACUCUCCAAGGAGUAAGGAAGAACCUGUGUCAGAUGUCUGCCAGACAGGAGCAGAAAAGAAGGGCUGCCUAUGACACAUUAAGGGUGGGGAAACUAGAAGGAAUUUGAUCUCUGCAACCUCAGCUCUUGUUCCUAUCUCAAAUCAUUUCCCAGAAAGUCAGUGGAACAAUUGUUGCAAUGUUUGAUAAGACUUGGGCCUAAUCAUUUCCUCCCACAAUGUGGAGAGUGGUCAAAUUAAUUUGGAAUGUUCCAUCCCCAAACACCUCACAAAAGCAGUGUGAACAUGAGGAGGGCCUUAGCCAGCAUGGUGUGGAGCCAACACUUAGCCAGUGUCCCUCAUUUCCUGUCAAUCCUCCAUGGUACACAAGUUUCACUGCAAUGAUCCACAAGGAACAGUGAGACUACCUGCCUCCAAAACUUCAAUUUAGGAGUCAGGUGGUCAGAAGACAGCAGAUACAUUAUACCUCCUGCUAAAAGCCUACAAAAAUAAUCAAAUUCAACAGUCCAACAGCUAGGAAUGUCUGUUUAUCCUUAGGCAGCUUCUCCUACCAAAACUAUGUCCCAUAUUAAUAAAGACUUUCAAGUUUCUUGUGCUAUUUGUCUAGCUAGGAAACCAAUUCAGCUGGAUCUGGUAGUGGUGGGAUUAGAAUUCCAUCCCUUCCAGCAUUUGAAGAGGGAAGCAGUACAAGAUCAUAAAAUUUAUAUGCUGUUAGAAUCAUGUUAACCACACAUUUCAGAAAACAGAUCAGUGGGGCAGGCCUGGGAUGUACUGGUAGUUUUAACUUUGGUUUUGAGGAAGCUUGUGUCAAGCAAUGGCUGACUCCUACAAUUUGAACUGAUAGGAGUGAAGAACAGUAGACUCACUGUUCUCCCUGCCCGAGACAGCUCCACAGUCAGACCUUUCCUUAAACUGUAGCAUGCACAGAUGCACCACCCCAUGAAGACAAAGUUCACUGCAGCAUGAUUUAGCAAAACACCAAAAGACAACUUAAUGGUGUAGCCCAAGUUGGUUUUGCAAGACUUUAUUACUAUAUAUGAACAGUUGAGUUUUGGAUUGCAUUUAGCAGACAGCUUGACAUUUAGAAAUAAAUGAAUUCACUUGUGUGGCAAACUCAUUUGAAAGUCCCCCCUCCCCCCCUUCUUCAGAGAGCACCCUCUUUCAGAAUAUACUGCCCAUUUUCUGAUUUCAUUAGCAGUUAUCAACACCCAAAUACCACCACUCCUGCUUAUAAAAGAGCAGGUCACCUUACAUUAGCCUAAAUUGAUCCAACAAGCAUGUAUCUAUAAUACAAGGUAUACCACUUUGACAGUUUCUCAGAUGGAAAGUUCAACUCAUUUCAGUGAUAUGACAGUACUAUUAACACUUUUUUUAGUACCAUGUAUUAUGACUGCCUGUUAAAUAGACACAAAUAAAA